GUGCUUUCGGUUUCUUACCACACUCGAGAGUAGAAGAGAAAAGCCAUGGCUGACAGGAUUCUGAAGGAGAAAUGGAGCCAAUUUAUCCGUUCAAUGGGCACAGGCACAACAAAUGGCUUGCUGGAUGAGCUGCUGGAGAAAAGAGUGCUGAACCAGGAAGAAAUGGAGAAAAUAAGAGUUGAAAAUGUAACAGCAAAGGAUAAGGCGCGAGCUUUGCUAUCUUCUGUCAUUCCAAAAGGGCCGGAAGCAUGCCAAAUUUGCAUCAAUCACAUUUGUGAAAAUGACUAUCAUCUCGCUGGACUGCUGGGGCUGUCCUCGGGUGUUCAAUGUGAAAAUCACCUUAAUACACAAGAUUCUCUAGCGAUAUCUUCUGCCCCUUCAGCUCCACAAGCUAUGCAGGACACUGGAGUUCUCACAUUCUCGGGUCCAGUAGGGCGCCUCAAACUCUGCCCAUUGGAGACAUUUCAGAAGAUGUGGAAAGACAAGUCAGAAGAGAUUUAUCCAAUGAUAAUGAAAAGUCCAGCUCGUACUCGUCUUGCCCUCAUUAUCUGCAACACAGAUUUUGACAAUCUACCCAGAAGGAGUGGAGCUGAGGCUGAUAUCAGAAAUAUGAAGAUGCUGCUAACAGGUCUGGGCUACAGUGUGGAUGUGAGAGAAAAGCUCAAUGCUUUGGACAUGGCUACAGAGCUGAAGGCAUUUGCUGACCGCCCGGAACACUGCUCUUCUGACAGUACUUUCCUAGUCUUCAUGUCCCACGGAACUAGGGCUGGCAUUUGCGGGAAGAAUUACUCUGAGCAAUGUGCAGACAUACUAAAUCUCAACACGAUCUUUGAGAAGUUAAACACCAGGAAUUGUCCGAAUUUGAAGGACAAACCCAAGGUGAUCAUCAUUCAAGCCUGUCGUGGUGAGAACCAAGGAGUGGUAUGGCUAAAGGAUUCAGGAGCAGAUUCUGGAUGUACUUCCUUACUGGCUCCAGAUGAUUUUGAGGAUGAUGCCAUUAGGAAAGCCCAUAUAGAAAAGGAUUUUAUUGCUUUCUGUUCUUCAACUCCAGACAAUGUUUCUUGGCGACAUCCCAUUCGUGGAUCACUUUUCAUUAUGAGACUCGUCGAAAUCAUGCAAGAAUAUGCCUGGUCUUGUGAUCUGGAGGAAAUAUUCCGUAAGGUUAGAUUUUCAUUUGAACUGACUGAAGGUAGGGUGCAGAUGCCCACCACUGAAAGAGUGACUUUGACAAGACGUUUCUAUCUCUUCCCAGGACACGUAUCUGUUUUGUGCAAACAUGCAGUCAUUCUCCUACAGGCAAUGACUGCUCCUCUGAUCAAUCUUUGUGCAGAGGAUACCAAAAAACAAAGUAAGGCACUGAAGCUGUUCCUGAUGGCUGAAGACAACAAUUUCAAAAAUACACUUAAGGUGCUGGAAUCUGUGGGCAAAACUGUUGCGACUAAUUUUAUGGAUAAUUUGGUGGAAAAAAAUGUGGUGAAAUUAGAUAAAGCAGAAAAGGAAAAGUUUUAUAAUGCCAAGACUCAUGAAAAGGCCCAGAUCUUGAUGUCUUCUAUGCGGGAUAAGCACCAUGAAAACAGUCAAAAGUUGCAACAAACCCUUUUAAACUUUGGUCAAUACUCCACUGAACUCCAAGUUUUUCCAGAAACCAAGACUAUACCAGAAAACUUAGAAGAAUCUACAGAUACUCUCAAGCUCUGUCCUUCUGAAGACUUUCUGAAACUGCGUAAAGAAAAAGCUGAAGAGAUCUACCCAAUAAAGGAGAGAAAGGAUCGCACUCGCCUGGCUCUCAUCAUAUGCAACACAGAGUUUGACCGCCUUCCUCGGAGAACUGGGGCUAAUCAUGACAUCGCAGGGAUGAAGAAAUUGCUUGAGGACCUGGACUAUUCUGUGGAUGUUAAAGAGAAACUCACAGCCAAGGAUAUGAAAUCAGUGCUGCAGGAGUUUGCUGCUCGGCCUGAGCACAGUUCCUCAGACAGCACAUUUGUGGUGCUCAUGUCUCACGGCAUCCUGGAUGGCAUCUGUGGAGUUAUGCACAGUGACAAAAAGAAAGAUGUGCUGCCUUACGACACGAUCUUCCAGAUACUCAACAACCGCAACUGUGUCAAUCUGAAGGACAAACCCAAGGUCAUCAUUGUACAGGCCUGCAGGGGUGCAAACCGUGGAGAAAUUUGGGUUAGUGACUCUCCAACCACCAUGGCUGACAGCUCGUCAGAGUCACCCGAGAGCCUGCAGGAUGAUGCCAUUUACAAGACCCACGUGGAGAAGGAUUUCAUUGCCUUCUGCUCUUCCACGCCACAUAAUGUGUCCUGGAGAGAUGUCAGAAAGGGCUCUCUCUUCAUCACACAGCUCAUCUCUUGCUUCCAAAAGUAUUCCUGGUGCUGUCAUCUAGAGGAAGUAUUUAGGAAGGUCCAACAGUCGUUUGAAAAGCCACGUGUUAAAGCACAGAUGCCCACCAUUGAGCGAUUGUCCAUGACAAGAUAUUUCUACCUCUUUCCUGGAAACUAAAAAUCGAGGCCCUAGGCAGACCAGUCCUCCUUUGUCAACUUCAAGAAGCACCAUUACCAGCACAGAGCAUGCUCACAUAUUUAUUCUUUUAUAAUGCAGUACAAAUUAACUGUGUCCUUCCUGCAUCACAACAGAGAAUGAAAUUUCAAUUAGCAUGGUGGGUGAAUAUAAAUGGAGAGGGAUAAGUUAAAUGAAUUUUCUUGUUUUAUGUUUCAUGUAAUACCUGCACCUUACUGAGGCAAGGGCACUGUGACACACCUCCAGAAACAGAUCAAAUGAAAAUGAUGCCCAUAAUUAAAAUGAGAUACCACUAGGAUGAAUAUUAGCAAAACAAAAAAUUAAAACAACAACAACAACAACAACAAAACCACAAGUGCUGGUAAGGAGUUCACUAAAUUGAAAACUUUGUGUACUACUGAAAGGAAUUUUAAAAUGUUCUAACUAUCAUUAAAAAAAUAAAAAACACAACAGUACAAGGGUCCUGGCAUGAUGGCUCAGUGGCUAACUCCUUGCCUUGCAAACGACAGAAUCCAAGAUAUGGGAGAUGUCCCAGCUGCUCCACUUCCCAUCCAGCUCCUUGCUUCUACCUGGGAAAGCAGUAGAGGAUGACCCAAAAUGUU